AUGCUUCAACACCAAAUUGUGCAGUCCCCUGCUAGGCUAGGUCUCGCAAACCCUAACUCCCCUUCAAUUCCGAACCCUACCCCUACACCUCCGAAACUCCCUCCAACACAGACCCAUCACACCCAAGAGCGCAACACUGCAACCCCUUCUUCAGCUCUCCUGUCUCUCCUCCCACCCCUUCCUAGAGCCCAAGCACUUCUUGUUCAAAUGGCUUCCUUAGCUUCCAAGCUCUUUGAACUUUCCCCCAACCGGUCUCUUUGGCUCACUGCCUUCCGUGGAUCCCUUCCAACUUUCCUCUCUUCCCAUUCAUCUACCCCGCUUGACGCUUCUCCGUCCACUGUAAAAGAAAUCAUUUCCCUCUUUACUGUUCUUCAAACUCAAAUCUUCGAAGCUGUUGCUGAACUCCAAGAGAUUCUUGACCUCCAAGACGCCAAGCAAAAGAUGGACCGUGAAAUUCGCUCCCACGAUGCAAUGCUACUUGCAUUUGCCAACAAACUCAAAGAUGCUGAGUGCUGCCUAGACAUGCUCGUCGAUGAUUACUCUGAUUAUCGCCGCUCCAAGCGAUCAAAAUCUGGGGAUGAUGAUUCCAUGACUUCAUCAACUGUCUCGUCUCAGCUGAAGCUUUCAGAUAUAUUAUCGUAUGCCCACAAGAUAAGCUACACCACCUUUGCACCACCGGAAUUUGGAGCCGGCCAAGCUCCUCUUCGUGGUGCACUGCCACCUGCACCACAGGAAGAGCAAAUGAGAGCUUCGCAGUUGUAUAAUUUUGCUGACCUUGAUGUUGGAUUGCCUAAAGAAGUCGAAACUAAGGAUAAAAUUGUUGAAGCUAUUAUUGAGCCUCCACCACAGGUGGAUACCAAUGCAGUUCCAAAUUUGUCUGCAUUUCAAGGACUGCUGCCUCCGGUGCCACCUGGUUGGAAGCCGGGAAUGCCUGUGCAGUUGCCUAUUGAUUUGCCACUGCCUCCGCCUGGGUGGAAACCUGGGGAUCCUGUACCAUUGCCUCCCAUGGACUCGCUUCAAAUACCGAGAUUUGCAGAGCAACAAAUGCAACCUCACAUUCCACAGCCCAAGCAACCAGAAGUUAUUCAAGUGCAACCAGUUAAUUUGGACCUUGGAGGAAGUGAUACUAGUGAUUAUAGUAGUGAUGAUGUGAGCUCUGAUGAUGAAGAUUGA